CGUGACUGAGAGACAGUCGGGUGUAAGGGUGUGACUGCUGGGACUGUGCCCAGCUGUUGUGACACUACUACUCCCAGCAUGGAAACGCUGCUUUCUAAUAAGCCCCAGGUUGCUCACUGUGCUUGAGAACUCCUUAUAGCACCGAUAGGGAUAGUCACCCAGCUUGCCUAGAUUCCUGAAUGACAUGUCUUCUAGUCUGGAGGAGGAGCUGGGAACCCUCUUAGAUGGAGGAGCCGUGCCGCUUCCAGACAGAUAUGACGUGGUCCCUGACAGCCCGCAGGUCCUGAAACUGAAACAUAAUGUGUGUUAUAUUGUCAUGGGGAUCCUACUGAAUGACCAGAAUGAAGUGCUGAUGAUGCAGGAGGUCAAGCCGGAUUGCUGGGGAACCUGGUACCUUCCUGCUGGGCGACUGGAGAGAGGGGAAAGCCUGGUGGAAGGUCUGUGCAGGGAGGUGACAGAGGAGACUGGGCUUCUGUGCCAGCCCCUCACCCUGCUGGUUGUAGAAGAGCGAGGAGCUGCGUGGGUUCGAUUUGUAUUUCUUGCCCAGGAAACAGGUGGCACCCUAAAAACGUUUGCCUCAGCAGACAAGGAAUCUCUCCAGGCGGCCUGGUGGGACAGGGUGUCGCCCCUGCCCUUGCGCUGCAAAGACAUACUCCCUCUCAUCAAGCUUGCUUUGGAUUACCGCCACCUGCCUUCACAUCCGUCUAUACUACCACAAUUGUGCCCGUCACCCUUUCUUGUCCUGCGGCUAAUUCUUGUGUGGUUGAGUCCCGGGGGGAUACAGAUCCUACAGAGCUGCACUGGGACGGCCCAACUCCCCACCAUUGUGUGCACCAAACUUCUCAGCAGCAUCCUCGCUCCAUUUCAUGUUUUUCUGCAAGAUCCUCCCAUGUCGUACGGUAUCUUAGGAGUUCAGCAUCAAGGUGGGGACAACGCAGACGGAGUGUGUUUUAAUAUCAUGGGGGUGUUCCAUGGACCCGACCCGCCUGUGGUCAAAACCGGUGGGCUCAGCUGGGCCGCAGUUGAAGACGAAGGGUUGAAGGUCAGACUGGAGCAAGUGCUGAAGAAUAACGCCCUGCUGCCUUUAUAUAGCUAAAUCUCUGAGCUCAUGCUGCAUACAUAUUUAUAUAUAGAUAGAUGUGUGUGUGUGUGUGU